AUGUCAGCACCAGUUUUAUCAUUAUUCUCGUUGAGCGGCAAGGUUGCCGUCGUGACAGGGGGGACGAGAGGAAUUGGACAGGCAAUGGCCAUUGCUCUCGCAGAGGCUGGAGCUGAUAUUGUUUUGAUCCAGAGAGACGAAUCCAACACAUCCACACGAGAUAAAAUCAACCUCAUUGGGCGAAAGGCUUGGAUCCAUGUGGCAGAACUGUCAAAUCGAGAAGCAGUGAAGGGCAUCAUCCCGGCCAUAACCAAACAAGGUUUGAAACCAGAAAUACUGCUUAACUGUGCUGGGAUCCAAAGGAGACAUCCAAGUGAGAAGUUCCCUGACGAGGAUUGGGACGAGGUGCUACAAGUUAACCUGACAUCUGUCUUUGCGUUGUGCCGGGAAUUCGGCGCCUACCUCCUGGCACGAGAUGCGUCUGAAUUCCCUUUCGGACGCCGUGGCUCCAUCAUCAAUGUGGCCUCUCUCCUCUCUUUCCAGGGGGGCAUCACGGUGCCAGCCUACGCAGCAUCCAAAGGAGGUGUAGCACAGCUAACAAAAGCGUUAUCCAAUGAGUGGAUUUCCAAGGGGAUCAAUGUCAAUGCGAUCGCGCCAGGGUAUAUUGACACAGACAUGAAUGUUGCUCUGAUAAAUGACUCCAACCGAAAUGCCGGCAUCCUGGCUAGAAUCCCAGCCGGGAGAUGGGGAAAACCAGAUGACUUCAAGGGGAUUGUUGUGUUCCUAGCCAGCCAGGCAAGCACCUACGUAUCGGGAGAAGUCAUUUGUGUGGAUGGAGGCUGGAUGGGACGGUGA